ACGCCGUCCCGAACCCGACCAGUUUGACAGCUGCUCUUCACCCCCUUUGGAGGACUGUCAACAGCAAAAGGAUGGCAUCAGAACUGGCAAUGAGCAACUCCGACCUGCCCACCAGUCCCCUGGCCAUGGAAUAUGUUAAUGACUUCGAUCUGAUGAAGUUUGAAGUGAAAAAGGAGCCGGUGGAGCCCGAUCGCAGCAUCAGCCAGUGCAGUCGCCUGAUCGCCGGGGGAUCCCUGUCUUCCACCCCGAUGAGCACGCCUUGCAGCUCGGUUCCCCCUUCUCCAAGCUUCUCGGCGCCCAGUCCGGGUUCCGGGAGCGAACAGAAGGCACACUUGGAGGAUUUCUACUGGAUGACUGGUUAUCAACAACAGCUUAACCCGGAGGCUUUGGGCUUCAGCCCCGAGGACGCGGUGGAGGCGCUGAUCAACAGCAGUCACCAGCUUCAGACCUUCGACGGUUAUGCUAGAGGGCAGCAGUUUACUGGUGCAGCCGGGGCUGGAGGCACCAUGGCCGGGGAAGAGAUGGGCUCAGCGGCCGCGGUGGUCUCCGCAGUCAUUGCGGCUGCUGCAGCUCAGAACGGGGGACCGCACCACCACCACCACCACCAUCACCACGCCGGAGGGCACCAUCCAGCGCCUGGGGUCCCCGCUAACGGUAGCACGGGAGGAAGCCACCAACAUAUGCACCUGGAAGAUCGCUUUUCGGACGAACAGCUUGUGACCAUGUCAGUAAGAGAGCUCAAUCGGCAGCUGCGGGGUGUCAGCAAAGAAGAAGUGAUCCGACUCAAACAGAAGAGGAGAACCCUAAAAAACAGAGGUUAUGCACAGUCCUGCCGCUUCAAGCGGGUCCAGCAGAGGCACGUCCUGGAAGGAGAGAAGACCCAACUCAUUCAGCAAGUGGAUCACCUCAAACAAGAGAUCUCCAGGCUGGUCCGGGAGAGGGAUGCGUACAAAGAAAAAUACGAGAAGCUGAUCAGCAAUGGUUUCAGAGAAAACGGAUCCAGCAGCGACAACAACCCCUCAUCCCCGGAGUUUUUCAUGUCAUCAAGAAAGUUUCUACAUCUGUGAUAAGGCCCCAUAACCUCUGACCUUUGAUCCUGCAAUCUGAGAUCUCCUUACCCUGGAAUACAGACGGCUUAAACUCAAGGCACCAGGACUGCCACAAAGCACAACCUUUCCAAAUCAAACCUCUGAGAAAGAAGAUGAAAAAAAGAAAAGAAAAAAAAAAGGUAGAAGGAGCAGCAACAGACAGAAGAAACCUUGUCACCCUGGUGUCACUCUUUAAAGCCUCCUCAUGGUUUUUUCUCUCCUUCAC